CCCCCGCGCCCCGCCCGCCCCCGGCAGCAGCAGCAGCGGCAGCGGCAGCCUCAGCACCUCCGCCAGCUCCGCCAGCAGCUCCAGCGGCAGCACCAUGGACCUCUCCUUCAUGGCCGCGCAGCUUCCUGUUAUGGGAGGAGCCUUUAUGGACUCACCCAACGAGGACUUUAGUACGGAGUACUCCCUGUUUAACUCAUCAGCCAACGUCCAUGCAGCUUCUUCCAUGCAGAAUCCACCAGAAGAGACAUCCCGUUCUUCAAAUGAUGCCAUAUUGUUAUGGAUUGCAAUAAUAGCAACAAUUGGAAAUAUUGUGGUUGUGGGAGUGGUGUAUGCCUUCACCUUCUAGGAUGACUGUCACUACAAACACUGGGAGAAAGGAAAUCUUCAACAGUAUUUGUCAUGUGUAUGUAUGUAUGUAUGUGUGUAUAUAUACAUGUAUAUCUAUAUAAAUACACAUAACUAGAGACUUUGUUGAUUAAGUGCUGCCACAGUCAUGGAAAUGAAAUGCAAGUUAAUCAUCUUAAGUCUUGAUGGCAGAAAGUUUGGAUGCAAAUUGCGUGGAGGUGAGAGCUUUAUUUGAGAACUGAGCCAAUACCAGUUUUGUAUAGAAAUGUAAUAAAAGAGAGAUCAACUUGGUAGUAAAUACAGAGAGAUAUUUAUACAGAAAGUGCUUAUUUUUCACUGUAGAUUUUUCUAGCAGCUCUUCUGCAGUUUGUCAGCUUUUUAUUUAUUUUUUUUUUGGUGCAUUUUUUACUGUGGUAUAACAUUAUAUAGAAUUGUUCCAGGUCAUGUUUUCUAGACAUCUUAAUUUCCUUGGUGGACCAAGUGGUUGGCAUUGGCUCGGUUCUGAUGAAGUCCAAGUUCAUCGUGUGUGGGUCUUCAGCAUGGCUGUAGACUCCUGGGCUGUAUUCAAAAUCAUCAGUCUCACAGCCAUGACAGGCAGAUGCAGGCUGUCUAUUACUUGCCUUCCAGUUUCAGCAACUGGACCUGGUAAUCAAUAAAUUUAUGCUGAGCCUGCCUACUGCUCAGGAGGAGGCACAGCUAUUGCUGCUCUGCAGACCCUCUGAAUUUCAGAGGAGAAAAUGAUAAACAGAGUAGCAGCACAAGUUCCCAUUUCUGUCUAGAGGUACUGGAUUGCAGUGGUUUAUAUAUGCAUUCCUUCCAGGAAACAAAAUCCUAAUACCACACUUCUCAUCUCAUCAGACUGCAAUCCAGAUUU